AUGAGGCAGCCAGCAGUGAGAGUGAGGAGUGAAAAUGAGAAUAGCAGCAAUAGAGUGAGGUAUACAGUAAAGCAUGUCAAGGAUAAGGAGGUUAUAUCGCUUGAUGAUUCUGAGGAGGAGGGGGAUAACCCAGGGCAAGUAUCCCAAGUAUCCCAAGUAUCCCAAGUACCCCAACCAGCACCUACACCAAUAUCCUCAAAGCCGUCAAUUUCAAACACCCGCAAAAGGAGACAGCCAGCAGCUUCAACGAGCAACAACAACGCAUCGGCAACCACAAUUCCAGCGAAAACACCCUCCAAGAGAAAGAAAGUACGCGGCAAUACACCUCCUUUACCCACUUGCACUCCAUUGCCCGUCCCUUGUGACGAUAAGGAGGGUCAUUUGAUUAUACUCGAAAACGUUGAAUUAGACGGGCGUUAUAGAAUACAGAGACUUCUUGGUCAAGGUACCUUUGGUAAGGUCGUUGAGGCUUAUGAUAGACUCGCUAGGAAAAAUGUCGCAGUGAAAAUUAUCAAAAGCAUUCAGAAGUACAGGGAUGCCAGUAGAAUCGAAUUGAGGGUUUUGAGCACACUACGCGAUAACGAUCCCUCCAAUGAUCACAAGUGCAUCGAGAUGAUUGAUUGGUUUGACUUUAAGAAUCACAUUUGCAUCGUUUCUGACUUGUUGAGCGAGUCCGUGUAUGACUUCCUCAAAUCGAACAAAUUCACUCCCUUUCCCGCCACACACAUACAGGAAAUAAGUUAUCAGUUACUCAAAUCCGUCGCAUACCUACACACACUCAAACUAGUCCAUACUGACCUCAAACCAGAGAAUAUCCUCCUCGUCAGCAACAAAUCCAAGAUGGAAUUGGCUAACGACAAGAAACCCCAACGGAAGAUUCUCGCUAAUACUGAUAUACGCUUGAUUGAUUUUGGUAGUGCGACGUUUGAAUCUGAGUAUCAUUCGAGUGUGGUUAGCACGCGACAUUACAGGGCGCCUGAGAUUAUAUUAGGACUUGGAUGGUCAUAUCCCUGCGACGUAUUCAGUCUUGGGUGUAUAAUAAUAGAGCUGAUGACGGGGGAGGCGCUGUUCCAGACACACGACAACCUCGAACACUUGGCUAUGAUGGAGGUGGUCAUGGGUCCAAUGCCACUCAAUUACCAGAAGAAAGCGUCGAAAGCGAAACCUGAAUAUUUUCGUGGAUUGAAACUCGAUUAUCCUAAUGGGAAUACAACAAAGCAAUCGCGAAAAGUGGUAAAGGGGAUGAAGUCUAUCGAUCAGAUAAUAAAAGCACGAGAUCUUUCUUCACUCCAGCUGAUUGAUUUGUUGCAGAAGAUGCUGACGUUCGACCAAGACGAGCGGAUACGAAUUAGACAGAUCGCACAGAUGAAAUUCAACCAGUUUGUAAAUAUAAUUGGAUUUUCUAUUUCAGGUGUCACAGCAACUUGGUGCGUCUUGUUCGCAGAUUUCGGUGAAAAAGAACACGUCUUCUCUGGUAUACGCCGUGAAUACACAAAGCAAGCGAAUAAAUUAUUUGAGUUAUAG